ACAAACUAGAGGUCUACCCACAAAAAUGGUCAAAAGAGCAAAGAGACAAUUGUCAAAGGACGAAAAGCAAAAGUUGAAGGAACAAUACGUUGAAUCCUUCAUUAACAUGUUGGACAAGUACACCAAGAUUAUCUUCGUUGAAGCUAACAACGUUAGAUCCAAGCAAAUGGCUGACAUCAGAGUCGGUUUGAGAGGAAAGGGUGAAUUGCUCAUGGGUAAGAACACUUUGAUGAAGAAGGCUAUCAAGGUUUUGACUUCUGCUCCAGAAAAGUACAAGUCAUUGGCUGCUCAAGCUGCUAACAUUGCCAAGAUUGCUGAUCUCCUCAAGGGUAACGUUGGUUUGGUCUUCACUAACAAUGAUUUGAACGAAGUCAAGGACGUUAUUCUCUCAUACAAGGUUGGUGCUCCAGCUAAGCAAGGUGCCAUCUCCCCAGUCAAGGUCGUCAUUCAACCAGCUAACACUGGUCUUGAACCAACCAAGACUUCUUUCUUCCAAGCCCUUAACAUUAACACCAAGAUUACCAAGGGUACCGUCGAAAUUAUCAAGGAACACAUUCUCUUGAACCCAGGUGAUAAGGUCGGUUCCUCAGAAGCUGCUUUGUUGCAAUUGUUGAACAUUAAGCCUUUCGAAUAUGGUUUGGUUUUGGUUAACAUUUAUGACAACGGUGCUGUUUACUCACCAACUGUCCUUUCUUUGACUGACGAAGUUAUGGAAUCAAAGGUCAGAGAUGCUGUCAACAAUGUUGCUGCUCUCGGUUUGGCUUUGGAUAUGCCUAAUGAAGCUUCUAUUCCUCACUCUGUUGCUAACACCUUCAAGAACUUGUUGGCUAUUGCUGCUGGUACUGAAUUCUCAUUCCCACAAGCUGAAAAGGUUAAGGAAUACCUUGCUGAUCCAAGCAAGUUCGCUUCCUCUGCUCCAGUUGCUACUGCUAACACCACUGCUGCUGUUGUUGAAGACAAGAAGGAAGAAGAAGAGGAAGAAGAAGAAAUGGGCUUCGGUGGUCUUUUCUAAAUUAUUUAAAAAAAUUAGAAAAAAAAGCAGCUCUAUUGAUGCUUUAUUAAAUAACCCGGUUUAAACGGGGGGUCAUAUCAUAAGAUAUUGAGCUUAGGCCACCUCGGGACUCUAGUAAAUCAAUUUUAAUAAAACUAAGAUGGAUCUGU